UUCUGCUACAACGGGGUGUGACAGUAUUUGGCUAAAAAAUCAAGUAGGGAUGUAAACCACGAAAACUGCAAGCAGCUUCUUCUUCAAACAUUACACACACACACACACACACACACAAACACACACUAUCAUGGGUCGCCAUUCUUGUUGUGUGAAACAAAAGCUUAGAAAAGGUUUAUGGUCUCCUGAAGAAGAUGAAAAGCUUCUCAAAUACAUUACAAGAUUUGGUGUUGGUUGCUGGAGUUCUGUCCCUAAACAUGCUGGAUUGCAAAGAUGUGGGAAGAGUUGUAGGCUAAGAUGGAUUAAUUAUUUGAGGCCUGAUCUUAAAAGAGGAUUGUUUUCACAACAAGAAGAAGACCUUAUUCUUAAUCUUCAUCAAGUUCUUGGCAAUAGGUGGGCUCAAAUUGCAGCCCAGUUGCCAGGAAGAACGGAUAAUGAGAUCAAGAACUUCUGGAAUUCAUGUUUGAAGAAGAAACUAAUAAAACAAGGGAUUGAUCCCAACACCCACAAGCCAAUAACUGAUAAUUAUGAUGUUAAAGAUAAAAAGAUUGAUUUUUUCGACAAAAAGACAGAGUUCUUCCCUAGUUCUUCAUCAAUAUCAAUGCCAAUGACUUGUGAAUUAGAGCAAGUUUAUCAAAUCAACCAUGAUGGAUCAAUGGAAACUAGCUCGAUACGAAAUAGUACUUUCUUGACUAGUAAAUCGGUUAGUGAUCCAUUGUUUUUAGUCGAAUAUCAAACGUGUAUGGAUCCAAUUGGCUACAAUUCUACUAAUAUUCUAGCUCAAUAUCAUCAACAAACAAGCUAUGAAACCUCAUUGCCAAAUUUAGCAAGUUUCGACCAGGGAAACGUUGCCACCGACGUAGCAUCUGACCAUUCGGGGUCGAAAAUGACUACAAAUAGAUUCAUGAUUAAUGAGGCCUGCAGGGAAAGUUCAAGUACCACAACAACAACAAACAGUUGUUCAAACAUGAACACUACAAGUAGUCUUUCUGCAAGUGGGUUUCAACAAAUUAUGACAUUUGAAGGGGAAAUGUUUCAAUACAAUGGGGUUAAUGUCAAAUCUGAAGAAGAAGUGUGUGUAGGUCAAUGGCAAAAUCAUAUGCAAGAGGUACAAGUUCAUAAUGCUUCUUCAGAUUUCAAUAUCUACCCAAUGGGGUCACUACCUGGGGAAUACACUGAUGUGUUCCAUCAAAUAUGAUUGAUCCAUGUAAAUUUAUUACUAAACCAUUUAUUUUAUCUUAUCAACAAAAUAAACAAAACAAAAAAAAGGUUGAUGGGUAUAGAUACCCGAGCAUUGUACGGGUACUAAACUAGUUUUAUACUGCUAUAAGGCUUGCUUUUGGAGGUAUAUUAUUUUUCUUUUGUUUAUUUUUUCAUAUGUUUUGGUUUUCCGUACAGAGAUACAUAUAUGACUGAAAGCGUUGUAAAGUUCUCUUGCUUUUUGUUGGAUUGUUUAAUUAAA